AUGGAUAUCUCAGCAGCUAGAGAUGCUAUGACUUUAUGGGCGUUUGACGAUAUCAGCAAAAUUCUACAUGAACGUGCAACCCAAAUCGAAGGAGAGAGCCUCUAUGAUCUAUUCAUAGCUGAACGUUUUCUACCAUCCGAUGAGUUUAUCGAAGCAAUAAAUGCAUUGACCGUAGUGCAAAAAGGACAUAUUGGUAAAUUAUCAAUUGGCGGUCGUCACCUAGAAUUAGGUCAAAUUAUGAGUGGAAUCAUUCUGAGUUUACCAGAAGAGACGCAAGCCAAGGUAAGUCUUGAUUCCCCCUAGCA